CAAGAUUGAUAUUUUCAUACCGUGUUUUAGGGUGUACGGAGAAAAAAAACUUUUUUAUAACUUCAAGUUUUGUCAUUUGCGCUUAUCCACUUUUGAUAAUUAUGCGUGAUUCUUAAACUUAGCAAUGAAAACAAUUUUCAGAAGAAAUGCUAAGAUUUUUGUUUGAAUAACCAAAUGCCAACAGAUACUGUUUAGUUCAGGGUCAUUGAAACAGCAUUUACCACCGAGUCCCGAAGACAUGUCGGUAAUUUUAUCACCGAAAGAACAAAAUGGAGAUGUAUUCGAGAAAAGCGACCAAAACUCCGUCACAACCACCCACCCGUCGUCACCUAUCUUGUCAGCCUUCCAAAAAGAAAAACAUGAAGGAAGUCCAAGCAGCAGCAGCACUGAUGAAUCAGCACGUACCACCACCACCACCACCUCCCCCGCCACCAUCUCCCUCUCCCAGCUCGUCGGCUCGUGGUCACGUGGAUGCGAGGCACGCUUCUCGGCGUUUACCGCCGUUAAUUCGAACCCAUCUUCAAGUCAACGACUCGGCGUCGGAUUGUGCCACGGGAGCGGAGUGCUCCACCGUCUCGGCGCCUCCCUCGAUGACGGCAGGGAUGAAGAGAAACUUGGAGCCAGUAGCAACAGCAGUGACAGCAUCACCUCCGCAGCUUCACCACUCUCUUCAACACCAACAUCAUCAACAACAGCAGCAGCUAUCGCCAUUCCAAGCAUUACCCCACAUCACCAUCACUUAGGCAGCAACCAUCAUCACUUGGGAAGCAGCUUUAGAUUGUAUUCGAACAUGUCGAAGGCGGAUGCUUCGGGGGAACCCCCUUCGCCAGCACCUCUCCACGGCGCCGCGUUCCCUUUUGCUGGUCUGCAUGGUUUGUCCAUGACACCGGGUGCCAGAGUUCCUCUAGGCCCACCUGGAGCUCUAUUGGGCCGAAAACGUCGAAAAGAGAAUCGACAGCGUCGCCAGCGGACAACAUUCACCAGUGAUCAGACCAUCAAACUCGAGAUGGAAUACCACCGGACAGAAUACAUCACACGCAUGCGCAGAGUAGAACUAGCCGAGAUGCUGAGUCUGACAGAAACACAAAUCAAGAUCUGGUUUCAGAAUAGACGGGCGAAGGAUAAACGAAUUGAAAAAGCACAGAUUGAUCAGCAGUACAGGAGUCUUGGACUGCCGACACCGGGUAGCAUGUGUGGUUUUUCCCCUGCCUUCGCCGGUCUAUGUGCUCCAUGCUGUUAUUGUCCAACUAGUGUACCUGCGCACGGAAUACCUACCCUGCCGCCGACCCUCCAUUCGGCAUUUCGGUGAUAGACUACGUCUUUUUUUCUGCCGCAACAUCCAGUUGCUACAUUCAGAUGACGGGGAAAGCCGUAUAUCUAUAUUUUAGUGCAAUAAAAGAAGAGACUAACAACAUCCAUUGUGGCGCCAAGAGUUUUGCUUUUGCUGAAUCGUUGAUACUUGCUGGUUGAAGCAAACAAAAACACUGUAAAGCAUCGUAUUUGAUAAAAGGCUAUAAAUGAAGAUGCUUCUGAUUCGGCGUCAGAUUGAUAUCCGAUUAGAUCAUUUGACAAAUAUAAAGGUUUGUUCCCAGGCAUAUGCAUUCGCCACAGUAUAGGGGACAAAAAUUCACAUUGAGAGGGAGAGAUAGAUGAGAGGGUGGGGGUAUAGGGACUUUGUAAGAUGAGUAUAAGGGGCAGUAAAUGCGUGAACGACUGAAACGCAGAGAUUUGAGGUCUUACACGCCAUCAAGAAGGCAAAACGUGUUUAUUCGACCAAACCCAUUCUCAAGAUUUUGAAUUUGAUAUAGCUGAUUGACAAAAAAUGCAUGCAUUAUGAUUCGCCACCAAACACUGCUCCUAGAGGGAGGGCAAUCAAAUAAUGACUGAACUUCCUUUGCACAAAUGGGCAACAGAUGUCUCAAAAGUUCUGGGACUAAUUGAUUAUCGGAACAGUUGGGGCUAUUACUGUUUCAGGUGAGGAAUGAGAUCUCGUUCGUCACAAGUCUCUUCGAUGAAAUCAGUGCAAUAAUGCUUUAUUUAUAUACAAAACCAUUGUAGUAUAAGAUCCUACCCAUUUCAAUAACACAAUCAUUGUCUACGUUCAUAUUUAUUGGCCUCAUUAAGUAUUUAAACAUACGAUAUUUGUUCUAUAAGUGUAUUAUAAAAUAUUAUUAUACCACGCAUAUUCAUACACGCAGAAAGUAUUAUUUUGUAAAUAAAUUUUGCACGUUAAGUUGCUCAGCAUAUUUGUUCUGAAAUUCUGUUUCUAGAGAAUGUGCCCUUGCAUACAGAUAUACGAAACAAAGACUAUCUUAACUUGAAUGAAUUUCUUUUGGCAUGCAGUGGGACGGGAGGAAGAACGUGUCUUUAAACGUUUAUUUUUUUAAUAGUUUUAGUCCAAUUCUAAUAUUUCACGCGAAUGUAGGGAGUGAAAUAUAUUUAAUAUAGCUCAUAAUUAUCACCUUGUAUUUAGAAAUUUUAAGAAUGUUCGAUGGGCGUCCAUUUUAGACCAAAAUAAUCAACAUUUUUUUAUUUGGAAUAUGCUCGUUUGUUUCAAAUACAUAAGUAUUUAUCAAUAACUCGCAUAUAGAAUUACCAGUAUCAGUUACCACAUUCAUGAUUGUAUAUUUAUUUCUUGUCGUGAAUAUUUUCAAAUUCUUGCCUUUUGUAACAAAGGAAGAAUACCAGUCACGCCAGACCCACCAACUUGUAUUUUAAAAUUUGUGUAAGAAUAUGCUUCCAUUUCUGUUCAUUUUUGUUUGCUAGUAUGCAAAUCAAUGAUUGAAAGUCACUUAUCUAUGCAAUAAUGAAGCGUGAUCAUUGAUCUUUAGUAUAAAUGUAUGUCACAUACACUGUGAACAAUUAUUGAGUAAAAUUUUAACCAGCACGAGGGUAAUUAUGAGUCCAACCAAUGUGGGGCAGUAUUUUCCCCAAUGCGGGAAGCAUAUUGUCCAGGAAGGUUAAAAUAAUAAGCAGCAAUUACUUUUUAAUACAUGGUCAUGUGGUCCCGUGGUUAGAGCAUUGGACUCAUAAUCGCAAGUUUGUGAAUUUCGAAUCCCAUCUCUGCCAUUGUCGCCACUUUGACCUGUCGUCUAGAACGUCAGCCACUAUGACUGAUUGACCUAGACGUAAAAUGUUUCCUAGGUAACUGGUUAUAUACCAGCUUGACAUU